GACAAUCAAUCACAAAAUGUUGAAGAGAGCCUUCGUCGGCGCCGUCGGUGUUGCCGCCGCGCUCCGUCACCCCUGUCUGUCGGCAACUCGGCAUGCAGGGACCCUCUCUUCCGCCGUGAAUUCCAUGCUUCUCCGCUCACUUAAGGAUCACUAUCUUGAAGUGGCCAAAAUGACUAUGCCUCCUAAAGUAGCUCCUCCUGAUGCAUUCUCUGUUGUGAAAGGCGCGCUUGAUUCUGAAGGUCCGGUCCUCAAACGAAAAUAUGGCGACGAAGAAAUCGGUAUUUACGUAACGCGAUUGCUUAGUGGAAUGGAUGACGAGAGCAGUGGGAUUGAUCAGUUGUUCCUUCAUGUGGAUGUGUCCAAACCCGGUCAGAACGAAUCAUUGAUUUUCCUAUGUGGAUUGUAUGAGGAUGCUUUGGGAAUUCACUCUGUUUCAAUGAGGCCAAAGGACCCGAAGACUGGGUACCUUGUUCUUCCAACUCAAUACAUUGGGCCUAAUUUUGAAGAACUUGAUGAAAGGACGAGGGAUGCAUUUCAUAGUUACAUAGAGGAGCGAGGAGUAAAUGAGAGCCUCUUCAAAUUUCUGCAGGCAUGGCUUUAUGUGAAGGAUCAUCGAAAUCUAAUGCGAUGGUUCAAAACACUGGGUUUGUUCAUUGAUGGAGGAAAGAAGCCAGCUGAAAAUGCUUAAGCGUCCCAUAUGGGAUUAUUGGUCACGCAACAAUGCCUAUGCUUCAUGAGUAAAUUUUGAAAUAUAAUGGCUUUGUACGAUAGUUCUGGUGCAUGCAACAAUUCUAAUAUUGUGUUUGCUCCGUUUAACAAAAGAAUAUAUUGUGCCUUCCUUCCCUUUGCUUUUAGAUUAUAAUAGCUCAUGAUGCCUAUUUUCUAAUGCUCAUGGAGAAAUGAAUAGCAUUGUUUAUGAUUGCUAAA